GAUCCUCAAUUAUGUAUGGCAUUGAAUAAAUUCUCAGCACGAUAUAAAGCUGCCAAGUCUCAAUCAAUUCUACGGUUGACUACUUUUCUUUAUGAUAUCAAUCGUAAGUCAGACUCUCUGACAUGUAUUAAAGAUAGCAAGAAAAUCCCUGUUCAGAUAGAAUCUGUAAAGCGAAGGAAAACUAAAGGCACAAGUAUCAAACGAAGAUAUUUGAAAAUUAAUAAUAAGAAUGAUCCACAUAGUAUUCCUAAAUACAAAGUAAAAAAGACAAGCAAAAAAGAACAUAAAUUAAGUAAAAAUAUUUUAAACAAUGUAUUGAACUAA